AUGAAGCUUGUGCGGAGGGCGAGGAAGAGCAUCCGUGAGCGGCGCAUGAAGGCCUGCCUGAAGGACCUCAGCACCAACCUGGAAAAAGUGGAGAUGCGUGUUUUCAAGCAGCAGAAAAAGGAGCGGGACCGACGGCGCAAGGCAGCAGGCGUCAACUGCGGUGUGCCGAGGGAUGUGCUGAUGGGGAAAAUGAGCCUGGAGUUGUACGACGUUGAGUGCCGGCUUCACCGCGAAGCAGGUCUGCCCCCGCCUCCGCCUCCUGAGGGGUGCGUGCAGAGAUCGGGCAGCGGCGUUGUCCGGCGAAUUGGGUUUGUGGAGUUCAGCACCAUUGCGAAGGCGGUACUGUGGCGCAGCCAGCGCAUUUUUUGA